CUCGUGUGCUGCCCAGGAUGGAGGCAACAAGGAAGCGAGUGUUUACUAGCUGUGUGUGAGGGAAACUUCACCUGCAAGGAGAACGAGGUGUGUGUCAGGCCUGGCGAGUGCCGCUGCCGCCAUGGCUACUUCGGUGCCAACUGCGACACGAAGUGUCCCCGGCAGUUCUGGGGUCCCGACUGCAAGGAGAUGUGCAGCUGCCACCCCAACGGGCAAUGUGAGGACGUGACAGGCCAGUGUACCUGCAACCCCAACCGCUGGGGCCCCAAGUGUGAGAACGUCUGCCUCUGCAAGCAUGGCAAGUGUGACCAGAAGACGGGCAAAUGCACCUGCGAGCCCAAGUGGUGGGGACCCCAGUGCUCCAGCUCCUGCUAUUGCAGCCACAACUCCCAGUGUGACCAGCAGACGGGCAACUGCCUGUGCCAGCCGGGUUGGUGGGGCCGUGGCUGCAACAACCAGUGCUCCUGCAACAACUCACCCUGCGAGCAGUUCACCGGGCGCUGCCAGUGCCGGGAGCGAACCUUCGGGCCCCGCUGUGACCGGUACUGCCAGUGCUACAAGGGCAAGUGCAACCAGGUGGAUGGGACCUGCACGUGCGAGCCGGGCUACCGGGGCAAGUAUUGCCGCGAGCCGUGCCCAGCUGGCUUCUAUGGCCAAGGCUGCAGGAGGCGGUGUGGGCAGUGCAAGAGCCUGCAGCCGUGCACUGUGGCCGAUGGGCGCUGCCUGACCUGUGAGGCAGGCUGGAAUGGCACCAAGUGUGACCAGCCCUGCUCACCUGGCUUCUACGGAGAGGGCUGUGAGCAGCUCUGUCCCCCCUGCAAGGAUGGUCACACCUGCAACCACAUCAAUGGCAAGUGCUCCCAUUGCAACCCAGGUUGGAUUGGAGACCGGUGUGAAACCAAGUGCCGGAACGGGACGUAUGGGGAGAACUGUGCUUUCGUCUGCAGCGACUGUGUCAACGGGCAGUGCCACUUCGAGACUGGCCACUGCCUCUGCCACCCUGGCUCCCAUGGCACCUUCUGUAACCUGACUUGCCCACCUGGCCGUUAUGGAGCCAACUGUGCCGAAUCCUGCAGCUGCCACGACAGCACCUGCGACCCCCUGACAGGCGCCUGCCACAUGGAGGCCAACCAGCGGAUGGGGGUGAUCGGGGCAGGAGCACUCCUGGCCCUACUGCUCAUCCUCUUGCUCUCCCUGCUCUGCUGCUGCUGCGUCUGCCGCAAGAAGGACGAAGCCCACGGCUCCAGCCAGGACGCAGCAGCCAAGAAGCCACCGAGACGCUUAUGCGGGCGUUUCAGUCGCAUUGGUAUGAAGCUCCCACGCAUCCCCCUACGCCGCCAGAAGUUACCCAAGGUCGUGGUGGCCCACCAUGACCUGGAGAACACCUUGAACUGCAGCUUCAUUGAGCCACCCUCUGUGGUGGAGCAGCCUUCCCCAUCCUGGUCAUCCCGUGGGUCCUUCUCUUCCUUCGACACUACGGAUGAGGGGCCGGUGUAUUGCGUCCCUCAUGAAGAGAGCGUGGGUGAUGGCAGGGACAGGGGGACACCUGCCAGCCCUGGGGACAAGCUGAUGGCCCCAGCCAGUGGGGAGGAAGCAGGCGAAUACACCUUCCUGAAGGAGACAGGCUCUGUCAGAGCCUUCCCAGCUGACAGUAGCGAAACGCCGCUGCUCAAGUCCUCGGACAGCGAGCGCUCUUCCUGCGGCUCGGGCUCAGCCGGUGCUGCACUCUAUGCUCGGGUGGCCCGGCUCUCCAAGCAGUCCAAGGAGGAGGAGGAUGCUGGUGUAGAGCCCCGCAGCCCUGGGAAGCCGCCGUCUCCGGCAAAGACCAAACCUCGUCCCCCAGACCCGGCCACAAAGCCCAAAGUCUCCUGGAUCCACAGCAGGUACAAUUCUGGCCAUUCUAACUCGCUGCCAGCAACCAGCCGGUCCCCAGAGCAAGUGGCCAUCCAGUUGGGCAGCCCCGAGCAAGGCCAGAGCAUGGCCAAGAGGAAGAGGAGCCCAAGCGAGACAUCGGCUGGCACACAGGGCAGAGCAGAGGAGAAGGGCAGCACGCAAGGCAAGAAGCAACCGAAGGAGCCCGGUGUCCCCGAGGGCAAGGCCAGCCCUCAGUCACCCUCCAAGCCCAAGCAGAGGAGCAAAGCCGGCUCGGAGCCAAUAGAGAGCAUCAACGGGGCGGUGCAGAACGUCUUCCGAAAGAUGGGCGCCUUCCAGCCGGAGCGGCGGGGCGGGGACAACAAGGAUGCUCCCCGCAGCCCCGGUGUCAGCAAACCCCGCUCCGAGCCCCUCCAUCCCCACCUGGCCUCCGAGCUGGCCGCCCAGCUUAAGGAAAAGACUCAGAGCCUCAACAAGGGGGAUGGAGGCACUCGGGCCAAUGGGGUGGGCUCCCAGCGGGAGAAGCCCACCCCUCCACAGAAAGCCAAGCGCUCGGCGGCUGCCAGUGGCCAGAAGACCAGCAAACCCUUGCUGCCCACUUCUCCCCAUUUGCAAAAACUGAUCCCUGGGGUGGCUGAGCCAGCAGCCGGGGAGCCCAAGCAGGUGGAGAAGCCAAGCACCAGCAGCGGCCAGGACCAGGCUCUCCCUAACGAGCAAGUGGCCAAGAAAACCCCCAUUAAAAAGCCUCCCAGGAAGAAGAGCCGAGAAGCCAGCCUAGAGCAGCCCAGGCCAGCCGCCGUGCCCGCUCAGGUGGUGCAGUGA